ACAUCUUUAUUGUUCACCCAUCACACCUCUGCCCACAGCACUCAGCCCACAUGUUUGAAGACUGGGCUAGUGAUGCCUUAGUGCAUCCCCGGGAUUGAGCUGGGGUCUCUGUGUUCUGGUUUCUCAAAGCUCCUCCACGGCAGCUGGCGCUCCUUCACUUUGGCUCUUGACAUGUUUUCAAAUUUUACCCUAUUUUGUAGUCUUUCAUGAUCCCUUACUUCCUGGAUGAUGAAAUCAGCAGACUCAAGGCAAUUAAAUAAUUCUGUUGAACAUAUUUAUUCUGCCUUAUCUCCUUGAAGUCUUGCGUUUGGUCACUGCACUGUUUUUCAUACACAUACUCCCACACAUGCAUACGCACACCCUGCUUUUAUCACCUGGGCUCAUCUUUGAGGUUGCAACACUUUUAUUCAUCCCUAGUUGCUUGGUUACUGCUCCUUUCACUGUCCUUAGUGGCAGUGGAAGUGGAUAAAGAGAAUGAGACAACCUCCAGGACCAGCUGAUGGACAGAGUUAGUAGGAUGGGUGUGGUCACAGGGAAGGUGUAAUCAGAGAUGACUCCUCUGUGCCUGCUCUUGUGACUGGGUGGAUGUUAGUACAAAAUACUGGGAUGAGAGGUGGUGGCUAGGAAUCAAUAUUAGCCAGGACUGGAAAGCUCUAGGACAGCAGCUCUCUAUAAUCCCUGAACUUCCCUGAAAUGUGGGGAUUAAUAGCAGAUCUACAGAUUGCAUCUUUAUGUCCUUCCAAAUUCAUGCUCUGAAAACUUAUCCCAGUGCAUUGGAAGGUAGGGCCUUUGGGAGGUAAUUGGGUCAUGAGGGUGGAGACUUCAAGAUGGGAUGAGUGCUUUUAUGAGAAGCUGGAGAGCUAACUAGCUCUUUUCCUGUCUGAUCAGGACAUGAUAUGAAACAGGAAGUGGGUCCUGACCAAUUUGCCAAUGCCUUGAACUUGGACUUCCCAAGUUCUGGAACCAUGAAAAAUAUAUUUCUGCUGGUUAAGUCUCCAUUUAUGGUACUUUGUUACAGCAUCCCAGACUUGACUAAGAUAGUGAUACAGUGCCUCCUAAAAUCAAACUGGAAGGCUUCUAGAAGCUGCAGAGGGGAUUUUUCAUAUCCUAGCAGGGCAUGGUAAUCCUGGUUCUUCUCAAAGCAUUUUUGCAUCACUAAUGGGCUAUCUGUUAUCCAGAGACUGAAGGUGGAUAAAACAAACCACACUGAGGUGCAGAGUUCAUUCACAACUCCUUGCAGUUCUCUAAAAACAGGCCCUUUACAACGGUAAAUUUCUUUCUCUUUUCACCACUGAAAUUUCCCAGAUCCAAUUAAGUGGAACCUAGUGAACCACUUGACCUUUCAAUAGAAUAUACUAUAAGGUGUAUGCAAGAUAGAAUUCAUCAACUCAUGUACUUGGGCAUUUUCCAUAUUAUGAGCUGACUUUGUGACUUUUAUUACCAAACAAUUGGUAUAGCUUCCCUUUACCAUAUUAUAACCACUUUCUGGUCUUGUUUUGCUGGUAUUACACCAAGGCCUUUGCUAUACACUGUUUGUAUCCUCCACCAAUACCUAAUGUGAUGGUAUUAGGAAGUCAUGUCUUUGAUAAGUGAUUAGGUCAUAAGAACGAAGUCCUCAUGGAUGGGAUUAGUCUCCUCGUAAGGGACUCUAGAGAACUCCCUUGCCUCUUCUGUUGCAUGAAGACACAAUGAGCAGGUUGCUGACUAUGAACCGAAAGUAGGCGUGCUGUGAUUUUGUCCUUUCCAGCUUCCAGAGAAGCCUGCUGUCAUGACACUCACUCAGUCUAUGGAAUUCAGUACAGCAGAGUGGACCAUGACAGUCUGCUUGGACAUACUUUGUGUUUCCAUAUUCUUCGACCAUAGAUUUAAAAAAAUUUUUGGUUUACUUUCACAGGCAGCUGGUUAAAUCCAUUAUGGAUAGAUUUACGGUCUCUUAGAGAUAAACAUUAUUUCUAAUUCUUUUGGAAGAGCUUGUUCUAUGGAACCUUUGUUCUACCAGGGACAUACUUAAGUUAUGGCCCAGAGAGGCUGGUGGGGCAAGCAUCUAGCUCAGGGCCACUCCAAAGUGUGCUGUGGUCUUCCUUCGGCUCACAGGAGGAGGCUAGGCUCACUCCACUGAGAGGGCAAAAUAUGUCCAUCCCAACCCUGUAACCAUCACACCAACUGCCAGACAUUCAGUCAAAAUGAAAUCUUGGAUGGGCUUGUCCUUGCUCUUCUAUUCUUGCUUCCAUUUUUAGUACUAAAAUUCCAGAUUUCAUCCUCUCAAGCCUUUGCUCUUUUUUCUAUUCUGGCUCUUCUCAUUCCUAUCUCCACUGGCCCCUUGGACAAGCAAGUUUUGCUUCAGUUUGGCUGAGAGCUGGGGAAGGAUCUAAGACAAAUUUAAAGACCAAAUCCUUGGGUUGAUUCCUUAAGGAAUCACUGAAAUACCAAGGUGGGGCUUUUUAAGCAUCAAGAAAUCCAGGAAGAGUUAGCUGUAUUUCCUUUUCUUGCCUCAACAUGAAGUAUAUAUCACUGGGCUGCUUCACCUGAAGUGGGUCUCAUUCAAGCACCUUCGAUUUUGACAAUGCAUUCCUGAAUUGCGAUUAUAUGAUGAUCACCAAUGAACAUGGGAUUUCCACAGCAGCUGCUAAUGAAGAUAGACAGCUCCUCACUGACAUCCUUUCGGGCAAGGAGGGUAGUUCCUUCUCUUUGGUCCUGGAUUUCACCUGCAGCUAUCAGCUCUUCUCUACACGCUUUCCUGGUCAGGCCACGCUCCCAUUCCAAGGGCUUCCCAACGCGCCAGCCGGGUCAACUCCAUGACCUGAAGCUUUCCUUCACUUGGUUGAGGUCACCAAGCUCAGCUUUUCCUCUUUCGUGCCUGGGCGGGCUUCUGGGCUUCCUUCGUCCACCUCAGCGAGCUGGGUACCGUCACCAGCUUUCACACUCUGGGAUGGAGCAGCCCACCUCUCUAGCCCAAGUGCCAACAUCGCACCCGGCCCUCAACAGGUGUUCAGGAGUGACGGAUAAAACUUGGUAUCAGAGAGGGAGCUGGCGUAGGCGCAGGGCAGGCCGGGAAGCGAGAGCGGCCUAAGGGGAGGCCCAUGGCCGGCAGGUUCUGGAGCCGCGUGCUGAGGUGAGGGGAGGAAGGGGCCGAGCUGCGGGACAGGAAGGCCGCCCACCGCGAGUCUCCCGAUCCGGAAGGACCACGCGCCGCCCCUCACUCGACCGCUCCUCGCUCGGCCCCUGCGGCCUGCGCAGCGACCCCCGCCCGGGCUGCCAUCGCCACCCACUCGCCCAGCGCGUCGCUCUUGGCUCCACCCGGCCACCGUUUCUCUCUAGAACGCGCGCCCGUGACCCGGAAGCGCAUUCACCCUAGCAACUGCGGGUCCACGGCGGUGCCGGCCUCCGGGGAGCGACGCUCGUGACAACUGAGCUGCUCAAGGCAGAAAGAACUCUGACCUGAGUAGUGGCGGGUCCCUGGAUCUGGAGUGAAGAGGCUACCUUGGGACCAGUAAUGAACCAUCCUGACUGCAGGCUGAACCUUCGGCCCACAGGGACUCCCAGAGGUGUGUCCUCUGUGGUUGGCCCACAUGGUGUUGGUGCCUCACCAGGUGACAAAAAGUCAAAGAACAAGUCUAUGCGAGGGAAGAAAAAGAGCAUAUUUGAAACCUACAUAUCCAAGGAGGAGGUUUCAGAAGGCUUGAAGAGAGGAACGCUUAUCCAGGGUGUAUUGAGAAUUAAUCCAAAGAAGUUUCAUGAAGCCUUCAUUCCUUCCCCGGACGGUGAUCGAGACAUUUUUAUUGAUGGAGUUGUUGCCCGUAAUAGAGCCUUAAAUGGGGACCACGUGGUUGUGAAACUGCUUCCUGAGGACCAGUGGAAGGUAAUUAAACCAGAGAGCAAUGACAAAGAAACAGAAGCUACCUAUGAAUCCGAUGUCCCUGAGGAGUGUUGUGGACACCACCUCCUGCAGCAGUCCCCGAAAGGCUGUAAUGAUAGUCCUGAUGUCAUUAUAGAGGCUCAGUUUGAUGACAGCGACUCAGAAGAUAGACAUGGCAACAUACAUGUGCUUGUUGAUGGCCUUAAGAAAUUGGCAGUUCAUGUUCCUGAUAAAGGAAAAGAGGAUUCUCAUGCACCAGCUACAAAAGACGAGAACACUUCCCUGUCACAAGACACAAGAGCUUUAUCAGAGAAGUCACUGCAGAAAUCAGCAAAGGUGGUUUACAUCUUGGAGAAAAAACAUUCCCGAGCAGCAACUGGCAUCCUCAAACUCUUGGCUGAUAAGAACAGUGAACUGUUUAAGAAAUAUGCACUGUUUUCUCCUUCAGACCACCGAGUGCCUAGAAUUUAUGUACCUCUCAAAGACUGUCCCCAGGACUUUGUGACCCGACCUAAAGAUUAUGCCAACACACUGUUCAUUUGCCGCAUAAUAGACUGGAAGGAGGACUGCAAUUUUGCUCUGGGGCAACUAGCCAAGAGUCUUGGGCAGGCUGGUGAAAUUGAGCCCGAGACAGAAGGGAUCCUAACAGAGUAUGGUGUAGACUUCUCCGAUUUCUCUUCAGAUGUUCUUGAGUGUCUCCCUCAAAGCCUGCCCUGGACAAUUCCACCUGAAGAAUUCAGCAAGAGAAGAGACCUAAGAAAAGACUGUAUCUUCACCAUUGAUCCAUCAACUGCUCGAGACCUCGAUGAUGCCCUCUCCUGCAGGCCACUCACUGAUGGCACCUUUGAAGUGGGCGUCCACAUUGCAGACGUGAGUUAUUUCAUUCCUGAGGGGUCAUAUCUGGACAAGGUAGCUGCUGAGAGAGCCACAAGCGUCUACUUGGUUCAGAAGGUGGUCCCCAUGCUUCCCAGGCUACUGUGUGAGGAACUGUGCAGCCUCAACCCCAUGACCGACAAACUGACUUUCUCUGUGAUCUGGACACUGACCCCCGAGGGCAAGGAGGUUGAGCCUACCAAAGGGGUCCUUGCAUCUAUCUAGGAUAGAAGCUGUGUUUAGUAGAAAUUUGAUUCUUAAAGAGUGGUUUGGCCGGACCAUCAUCUGCUCCUGCACUAAACUGAGCUAUGACCAUGCCCAGAGCAUGAUUGAAAACCCAACUGGGAAGAUCCGUGAGGAAGAGCUACCCCCCAUUUCCCCA